AUGCUCAGGCACAGCAAAGUGGGAAUUGUGCCCCAAUUAGUCAAUCAAUAUAACGAUAUCAUUGAAUCCAUUGAAUGCCAAACGAUUCAAUUGAAUCAAUUCAGGAAUAACUCCAUUGAAUGCGAUUGUAUUGAUGAGAGUGUUGGAACCAAAGGAAAUGAAAUAGUGAUUCCAGUGUCAAAGAGUCAGACAACAGACCCUUUUAUCAAAGAAAGUAAAUCAAAAGAAUGCAAGGAUUUAAAUAAAAAUGAAGACCCGGGACCAAUUGAAUUGAAAGAAAUACACAAAUUGAAUGCAAUUCACGUAAACCCAGUGUUGGAAAGACUUAUGACUAGAAGAAAGCAUACAUUUGUGACGAAAACAAUAGUUCCCAAAGAGAUAUGUCAUGUUUGCGGCGAUUGUAUCCAAUUUGCCGAGAAAUACCGACAGUGUGUCGACUGUAUUGCCAUCAGUCACAUGGCGUGCUCAUCACAGCUGCCGGUGCCCUGCCUUCGAUACGUGAAUCCCAACCUGAGGCCAACAAAACUCAUAUCCAAUUACGUCUAUCCGAUGUUUAAGCCGUCGGUUCCGGCGAUACUCAUACACUGUAUCCGAGAGGUGGAGGAGAGGUGUCACGAAAUAUUGCCAAACACUCUCUAUAUUAUGAAUUCCGAGGGACUAAAACAAGUGAAGGAUCUCUGCAAUAAUUUGAUUAAAUCCAAAAACGGCUUUCCUUUGCUGAAUAAGUAUAACAAAAAGACUGACGAAGAAUUGGAAUCAAUGGUAAAGCAAUUGAUUAACGAACUGAAUGUCACGAAUAGAGACACUCUAUCCUUCUUAGUCAUACAUUUAAGGCAUUUAGCGGACAAUCAAAAAUAUAUUAACCUGGAUGACUUGGUGCAAGUAUUUUGUCCGAUAGUGUGCGGGGACACCGAAGUGAACCGCAAACUCAAACUCAUGUCGUGUUUGUUUCAAAUCAAACGCGACUUCUGGACAAAUGUCCUCCAAAAAUGA